CCAGCUGAAGCUGAGACCUGGAGAAAAACUAAUAGACAAGCUGGAUGCAGUAGAAGAUACCAAAGGAAAUAAUGGGGACAGAGGCCGCCUAAUGGUCACAAACCUACGAAUUAUAUGGUAUUCCCUGGAGAUGCCAAGAGCCAAUUUAUCCAUAGGGUUUAACUGUGUCAUUGGAAUCUCAAUUCGUACAGCACAUUCUAAAAUCCGUGGAGCUGUUGAGGCCUUGUAUAUAAUUUGUAAAAGUAGUUCAACACGCUUCGAAUUUAUCUUCACAAAUUUAGUCCCUGGUUCACCAAGACUUUUCACAUCGGUUAUAUCUGUCCAUAGAGCAUAUGAGACCUCUAAAAUGUACAGGGAUCUCAAGCUUCGGGCAGCCCUGAUCAAAGAUAAACAAGUGAGGUUGUUGCCUCUAGAGCAGGUGUAUGAUAAAAUCAAUGGGGUGUGGAACCUGUCUAGUGAUCAGGGAAACCUUGGUACAUUUUACAUUACCAAUGUCAGACUGAUUUGGCAUGCCAACAUCAAUGAAUCAUUUAAUGUCAGCAUCCCAUAUAUACAAAUGAAAACUGUGAAAAUCAGAGACUCCAAAUUUGGAAUCGCCCUUGUUGUUGAAACUACACAAAUGAGUGGAGGAUAUGUCCUUGGUUUCCGUAUUGACCCAAUGGAGAAGCUGCAGGCAACCACCAAGAUGAUUCAAAACUUGCACAGAAUUUACAGUGCUUGUCCAGUGUUUGGUGUCGAGUUUGAGAUGGAUGAUAAGACUCAGACAAUUGAGGAGAUGGAUCGGUCACCCAUUCAAGAUGAUGUUGAAGUAGAAUAUGAUGGGCAAACAGAUGCUUUUGCGGCUUACUUUGCUGAUGGCAACAAGGAAAAAGACAGAGAGCCUGUUUAUUCUGAAGAGCUGGGACUGGCAAUAGAGAAAUUGAAGGAUAAUUUUACCAUUGCAGGCUUGUGGGAGGUGACCUCAUAA